AUGCCAGCUCCAGGCCUCAUGGCCGCCGCCGCGCUGCGCAAUGUGGGCACUGGGUCUGGGCCCUCGAGGCGCUGGGUCGUCUGCCGCCGGGUCAUGCUGCUUCUGCUGCUGCUCUCGGCGCCGCCCCUGAUCUCGGGUUACACAGAGGACAGCACCAGACGAGAUUGUGGUAAACCCUGGUGGGCAGAUGAUUUUGCCAAGACCCGCCAUUGGCCCUGGGAGGUGAGCCUGCGGAUGGAAAAUGAGCACAUGUGUGGAGGGGCCCUUAUUGACUCCAGCUGGGUGGUGACUGCUGCCCACUGCAUCCAAGGCACCCAGGAGUACUCUGUGAUGGUAGGCUCCUCCAAGCUGCAGCCCGUGUCUCCUACCAUGGCGCUCUGGGUGCCCGUGAAGGACAUCAUCAUGCACCCCAGGUACUGGGGUCGAACCUUCAUCAUUGGCGAUGUUGCCCUGCUCCGUCUUCGCACUCCUGUCACCUUCAGCAAGUAUGUGCAGCCCAUCUGCCUCCCGGAACCCAACUUCAACGUGAAGGUUGGGACACAGUGCUGGGUGACCGGCUGGAGCCAGGUGAAGCAGCGCUUCUCAGUGAACACCACACUGACGUCAGAGCUGCAAGAGGCCGAGGUGUUCAUCAUCGACAAUAAGAGAUGUGACCGGAUGUACCACAGGAAGUCCUUGUACCCCCGCAUCAUGCCCCUUGUCCUGGGCGACAUGAUCUGUGCCACCAACUAUGGGGAAAACUUGUGCUAUGGUGACUCCGGGGGGCCGCUGGCUUGUGAAGUGGAGGGCAGAUGGAUUCUUGCUGGGGUCUUGUCCUGGGAGAAGGCCUGUGCCAGAGCCCAGAAUCCAGGUGUGUACACCCGUGUCACCAGAUACACCAGCUGGAUCAAGAAGCAGAUGAGCAGGGGGACUCUCUCAGGUGCCUGCACCUCCCCCUGGCUCCUACUCCUGUCCUGGCUGCUGCGGCCCCCGCUGGGCCUCUGA